AUGGCCAUGCUGACGGGUAUCAUAGGCGAAGCGGCUGUCACUGUCACUGCGACUGACUGCAACUCGGCUUCUGGCCCUGCUCCUUCGGGCCCUGCCACUUCGGCUCCUGCCCCUUCGGCUCCUGCUACCACCGUUGUCAGCGUCUCCGUUCCUGACGUGACUUCUGCCGUUCCAACUGGGCGUCCUGAAGCUCCCAUCACUUCUUCUGCUGAGCAUACUACCACUGGACCUUCCACUGAAGCCCCCCCACCAUCGAUGUCUACUCCAGUUAGUGAGACAAAGACUUCUGUCGUUUCCCACGAGACCCCGCGUCCUACUCGCGCUUCUCCUUCUGAGACUGUCGCUACCCCAACUCCUUCUGCUAUGGCUUCUCGCCAUGUUGGCUUCAACGCAGUUCUCGCCGGUGUUAUCGGCGCUGCCAUCUUUGCAGCUUUGUAA